AUGAUAUCAACACAGUGGCGGAAUAUCGGUUUUGUUGCUGCAAUUGUGGUUCUCUUAUUCACCAUCCUUCAUUUGCAACAAGAGACCCGAACUGUAACGGAGGGCAUUCCUGACACUGAACUCGAGACACAACAAGUUGAUCAGCAACCAGGCACAGAUGAUAUUGACGAUUCUGAAUCCUUGGAAAUCCCGGCUUUCAAUGAGCCAGCUCCCUGCGAUCUAGUAGACUUUGGUUGGCUAGCUUCUGAUCGCAAAUACUGGGAUGGCUGGGGUUCCAAAGCAAUGUUCAUGAGACCUGAUGGAAACUUUACACGCAAGGAUGUGAUUGCAAAUGAAGGUGAUACCAUAUGUGUGGUUGUGUUGCUGGGUCCCACUCCCGCACCAUCUGCCAUUCGAUCAGAAGAGCAUUUGGCUCCCGCAGACAGCCUUGUGAUGACAGCGAUAGGCCGACAGAAUAAACGUACAGUAAAGCUACGACAACAUCGCACGCAAACCAACGUAUAUUACGCUGCAGUCCAAUUUAUGCACGAAGACAUCUAUGAUCUUGACACAAGGAUCGAAUACAGAUCAUACUUUUGGGAAGCACCAUCACAUCACGCCUAUCGACCAUUCCGUUUCCAAUCAAAAAAUAAGCUUAUUGUCAAAGUCAGCGAUGAUCAGCAACCGACGGCACUUCCCCCAUGCGACUAUAAGAAUUCACUUCACCAAGACGGCGUCUGGAUGAGUAAAGACGAGUAUCAACGCCGUUAUCCGCUUGAUUUCUAUGGCAUGUUUGGCACUCCACAAGAAGACCAUGCUCAGAACGACCACUUCUUUAUCCCGGAUCAUUGCAAACCUCAAUAUAUCAGCAUAGGACAAGCUAUUCAAUGUUUGGAGGAUCAAACUGUGCAUGUUUGGGCAGACAAUAAUGUUCGAAGGAAUUUGAAGGCAUUUAGCAGUGGCAAUAGAUGGUGUAUGGAAUCAGCCAAGAGUGCUUGUAUAUGCGAUGACGAUUAUGAGGAUCAUGCCGAGCUUUAUCCAUGGGCAACCGAUUUCAAUGUUCCUCUGAAGAUUAAUGAAACAUGGCAUGCCGACACCGAGUUCUAUUUUAACCUCGUGGACACAGCACUCCUUGAAGCAAAUUGGGGACAAAUUAUAUCUCGGCGAGCUGCUCAGCUGAAGGAAGCGGAUAUUGUCAUUAUUGGGUUUGGUAAUGAGGAUAUUCGAUUACGCACUGUUGCACCUACAGAAUUCGCAAGAGCCUUUUCAAAAUUACUCCAUUAUCUUGCCCACGAGGUUUAUCCAAAGCAACGUAUCAUUGUGCGCACCCCACAACCAUUCUGCUGUGGCUCUAUUUAUUCAACUGCUUGGAAUUCAGGAAGAAGCGAAGCUUUCACUCAAGCUGUAAUGGAUGCUUACUCCUGGGAUGACCGUGUAAUGCUGUGGAAUGUUCAUGCAUUGGGGAUAGCUGAUAAUAUGUGCGUGUCAGCUGGAACGGCAUAUACGAAUCGCAAGGUAGUCAAUAUUGAGAAUAUGCAAUUGUGGAAUCUUUUGUGCCCAGCUUUAUAA